AAUUCCGUAAUGCCUGCUCGCCGCUGAUUGGCUGGCGAGUUUAGAGCCUUGUUGGGAUGGACCUGUUGGAUAAAAGGACGAUUUUCUACGGGGAUCGUGGGUAUUGCACUGUGGAUUCUAGUGCACAAGGGACCGACGUGUGUGUAUGUGUGUGUGUGUGUGCUGAAGACAGGGAAUAUCCUCCGAGGCAUCAUGACGGGAAAGGAAGGGGCCGUGUUGACGGAAAGUUUAAACAAAUCGAAAACAGCUUGCCCCGCCGAGAUCGGAGGGAAUAACGGCCUACAGCUGUCCAAAAGCUGCGCCACACAGCCGCCCAGAUGCACGGGAUUCGGCAUCCAGGAGAUUCUGGGUCUAAAUAAAGAACCGUCGUCCAUCCCACGGCGCGCGCUGGAAUCUCUGCCCCCGGGGGCGCACCUGCUGGCCGCCAGGUCCAUGCUGGGCCACGGCGGCGUCGGGGUUGGGAUGGGAUUAAUUGGCCCUGGAGGCAUCCCCUCGUUUUACAGCCAACCCGCUUUUCUGGAGGUCCUGUCAGAUGCGCAAAGCGUCCACCUGCAGCCUCUUAACAGGACCGUAGGGCAGCUGGACUGCAGCCAAUCCGCCAGCUCAGAUUCGGAAGAUGUCUCCUCCAGUGAAAAGAAGUUCUCCAAGUCGUCCAUGAGCCAGAGUAAGAAGAGGAAGAAGCGACGACACCGAACGAUCUUUACGUCCUACCAGCUGGAAGAGUUGGAGAAGGCCUUUAACGAGGCGCACUACCCCGACGUGUAUGCGCGCGAGAUGCUCGCCAUGAAGACGGAGCUUCCAGAGGACAGAAUCCAGGUUUGGUUCCAGAACCGGCGGGCCAAGUGGCGGAAGCGGGAGAAGUGCUGGGGUCGGAGCAGCGUCAUGGCCGAGUACGGCCUCUACGGCGCCAUGGUGCGCCACUCCAUCCCCCUGCCCGAGUCCAUCCUCAAGUCUGCCAAGGAUGGCAUCAUGGACUCCUGUGCCCCCUGGCUGCUGGUUCAAGAGGGCUUUCCAAUCAACAGCCGCUUUUCUAAAUCCGCCUACCCACAAUUCUUUGCAGGGAUGCACAAGAAGUCCAUGGAGACGGUGCCAGGCGGGAAGCCGGACCCCGCGGCGCAGCCCCCGCCCAAUCAGAAGCUAGGGGCGGAGUCGGAGGGGGGGGCGGAGGCGGAGGAGAGGACGGGGGAGAGUGCGUCUCCCAUCUCCAAAGAGGAGCUGAGGGAGAACAGCAUCGCCGCCCUCAGGGCCAAAGCGCAGGAGCACAGCGCCAAGGUGCUGGGAACGGUCCCGUGCGGCGACAGACUCGAGCGCACGCUGGACGCCAAGGCAACGGAGGAGAAGACCAGCAAGCGGUUAGACCCCCGCGAAGACCCCAAGAGCCCGUAGACGCGCCCUGAGCCGUCACCCCUCUGGGACUCUGUUCUUGGUUGCACCCUGACACCCGCACUGGCCUGCUGGUCUUACUCUCCUCUUUUCACAAAACACACCCAGGUGUCUCUCUCUCUCCCUCUCUCUCUCCCUCUCUCUCUCUCUCUCACUUCUCUCCUGUUGACCAGUGUCUGUCUGUAAGGAGUAGGUUCAUCCUGUCCAGGUGUCUCUCUCUCUCUCUCUCUCUCUCUCUCACUUCUCUCCUGUUGACCAGUGUCUGACUCUGAGGAGUAGGUUCAUCCUGUCCAGGUGUCUCUCUCUCUCUCUCUCUCUCUCUCUCUCUCUCUCUCUCUAUCUCUCUCUCUCCUGUUGACCAGUGUCUGUCUCUGAGGAGGAGCAGGUUCAUCCUGUCCUAACAAGGAUACGAGGCUGUCAGUCCGUUUAUACGUCAGGACUCGGGCCUUAGUGCGUUUACAAAUUAUAUUACAUUACAGUGACAGAAUAGCAACGAUGACACACACACACACACACACACACACACACACAAAACAAUGGGAAAUAGCAAUGAUAAUACCCACCUGUUACACACAGCUAAUGUAAAUCAUGAGCUGCUUAAUAAAUAAUGUAUGCCUUCAUGGGAGAAUACAUGCUGUUAUGGAUUUAGGCUAAUCUCUGCAGAAUGCACUUGGUGGCAUAUUGGUAACCUCUGGCUCAAGUUCUGGAUUAAAUCCUCCAGAACACCAUGUCAUAUGGGUGUGUAUCUGAUGACCCAGCUGACGUGGGCCCUGUGGCGGGUCCAAUUUGCCUCCCAAGUGUGUCUUGCAUUAAGGGACAGCGACAUGUGUUCUGUGUUCUGUUUGGUGAAGUAUUUGUCACUUUCAAAGGUCCAGAGGCGUUGUAUUAGGGUGCAACAAUAGUGUACAUAUUGUAAAUAAUGAUAGACAGCUACAGUAAUGUUGUUAAAAUAUUCUUUAAUGUACUGUAGUCUUUAAAAUACUUGUUCUUUGUUUCAUAACCUGUACAAGAUAUUAAAAACACAACCACUGUUGUUUACAGUCUGUUCAAACGGAUGUUUGUGAUUAUUCAUUAUUGAUUUAUAAACUGAGCCGUGUUGUGUCCUUCUUCUGAGGAGGAAGUAGUCAAGAAUCUCUGGACCUGGAUGUGGAACGGGUCAAAAUAAAAGUCCCCUAAUAAACUACUUAAAAUAAAAUGAUCUUCGUUCGCCCAGGGACUUCA